AUGCCUUCAUCAUCAUCACCACCAUCUCCACCCGCAGAGCCCUCCAUGGCAGCAACGCCUACCCCGUCCGUGCAAAUCCCACCGCUCUCUUUCGCCCUGGUCUCUACGGGUGUUUACCGCUCCGGCUGUCCCAUGCCCCUCAACUUCCCUUUCCUAUCAAAACUCCACCUAAAAUCCAUCAUCUACCUCGCCGACCAGGAUCUCCCCACAGACCUCCAGCGAUUCGUCGCGGAAAAUAAUAUCCAGGUCUUCCAUUUCCGAGUUCAGCAGGUCCGGGGUGACAAUAAUGCAACAGAUGACAACGCAGAUGGAUCUCUUUUGGAAAAUGGGCUAGAUACGGCUUCCGAAGUCGUUAACGAAGAUGGGAGUACAACGAUAUCGAGAAGAGGGUCUGCGAUUUCAAGAAGAGAUUCCGCCGCUGCUAUGAUUUUCGAGGAAGAAAGGGAACGGAAGGAGAAGAAGGAAAAGGAGAAGGAAAAGGUUGAAAAUGACCCCGUGAGCAUGCGGCUAGCAUUGGAGCUUCUGCUCGACAACAGAAACUUCCCGGUGUUGAUACAUUCCAAUAAGGGGAAACAUCGCUCUGGAGUUCUGGUUGCUUGUAUGAGGAAGCUGCUGCAGAAUUGGGCAUUUGGGUCAGUUAAGCUUGAGUAUUAUUAUUUUGCUGGGGAGAAGGGCAAGGCAGAUGUAGAGUUUAUCGAGAAGUUUGAGCCAACUUUGAAGUACGACGAGAGAUGGGCUCCGGCUUGGCUGAGGUACACCCCGGAAGAAGGGAAAUUGAUCAAGGUUAUCAAAGAUGGAUGA